AUGUCAGACACUGACUCGGACGAACACGAAGACGAUAAUGGACUACCGAAAGUUGGCACUUACGAAGGCGAAAGAAAUGAAUGUGAGGAACGUCAUGGUUUUGGAAGUGCUAUUCUUCCAAACGGAGAUUCUUACAAGGGUUAUUACAUCAACGGUAAAAGGCAAGGAGAAGGGACCUACCGUUUCAAAAAUGGCGCACGUUAUAUCGGUAAAUGGCAGAUGGGGAAGAAACAUGGAAAAGGGCUGUUUAUAUAUCCAGAUGGCUCCAAAUACGAAGGUGAGUGGUACGAAGACAAAAGACAAGGUUACGGUGUGUAUACCUACUUUAAUGGCGACAUUUAUAAAGGCCAGUGGAAUAACCACCAAAGAAAUGGUCUUGGUAUCUAUAUUUACUUUAGUGGUGGAGUGGUGCUUCGAGGAACUUGGGUUGAUGGGCAAACUUUUGAUGAUGUCGAGCUUUUUUAUUCCAAUUGUAGUUUUUUUGGAAAAAUGAAGGAAGGCAUGGGUUUUCCGAGAAAACAGCCUGAGAUAACGGAAAAGGAAUUUGAAAAUGAAGGUCGUGAUAAUAAUGAAAAGGACGGUGAUGACCUUACAAGGGUGAAUGAAACAAUUGAACACGAAAUGUAUUUAGUAGAUCCAAGUGUUGGUUUUACUUUAAGUGAGGAAUCCGAACGUUUACAUGAUAAUAAUGAAAAGGACGGUGAUGACCUUACAAGGGUGAAUGAAACAAUUGAACACGAAAUGUAUUUAGAAGAUCCAAGUGUUGGUUUUACUUUAAGUGAGGAAUCCGAACGUUUACAUGAUAAUAAUGAAAAAGACGAUGUUGACCUUACAAGGUUGAAUGAAACAACUGAACACGAAAUGUAUUUAGAAGAUCCAAGUGCUGGUUUUACUUUAAAUGAGGAAUCCGAAAGUUUACAAAGUUAA